GAGCGGAGGAGGACCACGUCUGCUGCUGAAGUCGCACCGACAGCAGCUCCCUGAAAGCCCGCAGGACUCACUUGUGAUCGGCUCGUUUACUAAGAAGGCUGCUGUGUGUGUGUGUGUACGGUCAGCUCACACAGGUAAGGCAGCUGUUGAACUGAAUAUGUGUUGAACUGCGUUUCACCUCACUGUUAUGACCCAUGGGAAUGCGGGGCAGACAUUUUAGUUCCCACCCUAAUCCGUCUGUUCGGCAGCGAAGUUAUUGGAAAAUUCAGACUGCGACUGGAGAAAAAAAAAAAUAGACAAGCCGUCCUGAUUUUUUUCUUCUUCUUUUUACUGUCGGUGUUAUAACAGUAUGUACAAUUGCAGCUAUAUCUAUAUUAUAGUCUCUGUCAUGACUGUCGCUAUAAUGUUUCAUAAGAGCAAGUCCCUGUGUGUUUGCACGUGACAUUACACUUUCUUCUAUCAGAGAAAAGGUGUGAUUUCUUUUGUAUUAAACAUUUUUGUACGUAGUUUCUGUGGCGCACAGAUUUUCUGGAGCAGGUCUUCAGUGUGCUUUUGUGUGGGCAAGUGCAGUGUGAGUGUGGGAGUGAGCGCCGAGUCACGGGUUGAGUCCCUUGAUAUGAGUUUGAGAACGGACACAACUGGCUGCUUCGUCCGUCCGACUGACUGAGGGUGUGAGCGAGGAACUGGAUCACGGUUUAGGCUCCCCUUCUGCGAUGGGAAGAGAUCUGGGGGCCCCAUUACAGGUCACUGGUGGUAUUUGAGAGUCAUCCAGACUCGUUCAAUGUUGUAGGUGCUGAAGAUUUCACUAGACCGGGCCGAGGUGACAGUGGGAGGACACCAUGUCCCACAGCCAGUUGGACAGCUACAAGGGCGACCAGGCCCCUCUAAUUCUGGAGAACCACUUCUCCACAGAACUCCAUAUAUCUGAGCCUGGCGAUGACAGCCGCCAGCCACAAAGCCCCCCCACAACCCAAUCUGAAAAAUCCACUCCCCCGGAAGAUGUCGUAGACAGGAUGGUGGUGGUACCUCCGCGGGUGGUUUUAAGCACCCAGAGUCCUGCAGCGCGGAAGGUUGGCACCCACCAGCUCAUUCCCAAGAAUUUAGCCAGCCGGCAUAAAAUCCGCCACCACACCACCGUGGUGACGUUCCCAUUGGGACUGGAGCACUCCAGCGGCGGGACCCGGAGCCGUCACUCAACCCAGGGGCCGGAUGUGUCCUGGGAGGAUUAUGACAGUGAUGGAGACGGCUUUGCUUUGAGGAGAAACCGCAGGAACAAGUCGUACAGAGCAGCUGUGACCAGCCUGGACAUUGAAGCCAUGGCGUCGGGACGAGGGACCGUAGAUACACUGAAACCUGUCAGAGAGGACAGAGCAGUCAGUCCCAGUCCAGCUCGUAGCCCUGGACGCAAGCGAACCCUGGGGAGGAAGAGGAACCAGAAUCAACGUGGAUCCUUCAAAGAUGCUACUCCGCGCCUCUACCAGGAGAUCCGUGAGCGGGGGCUGCACUCCACCAACCAGGAUGAGCUGCUGGAAGACUUUGUGGUGGUGGACCGUCCCGUGGAGGUGGAGGACCAGGGCAUCGUGGUGAAGAGCUACCGGCCGGCACAGCUCACCUGGAGCCAGCUCCCUCAGGUGAGGGACACGGGUAUCAUGACAUUGAUCUCACCUCAGGAGAGAAAGAGACAAGAGGCCAUUUUUGAGAUCAUCACAUCAGAGCAUUCGUACCAGCACAGCCUGGGCAUCCUGGUGCGUCACUUCAAGAGUAGCGAAGCUUUGAAGAAAACAAUGACAGCCACCGAGUACCAUCACCUCUUCUCCAACAUCUCUGUCAUUCAGGAGGUCAGCAAACGGUUUUUUGAGGACCUUGAACGGCGUCACUAUGACAACCCAGUGAUCCGAGACAUUAGCGAUAUUGUUCAGAACCACGCUGCCCACCACUUCGAGCCCUACAUUGUCUACUGCUCCAACGAGACGUUCCAGCAGAGGACGCUGCAGAAGCUGCUGACCAGUAACAUCGCGUUCAAAGAGACCCUGAAGCAGAUUGAAGGGAGCAGUGAGUGUGGAGGCCUGCCCAUGAUCUCUUUCCUGAUCCUUCCUAUGCAGAGAGUCACCAGACUCCCACUGCUGCUGGAUACAAUCUGCCAGAAAACUCCAGAUAAGACCGCAGAGUACUUUGCUGCUGUUUGGGCACUGCACGCCAUCAGCAAGUUGGUCACCAGCUGCAAUGAUGGGGCUCAGCGGAUGGAGAGGACCGAGCAGAUGUACACCAUCCAGAAACAGAUGGAUUUUGGUAAAAUCAAGCCAUUUCCUCUGGUGUCGUCGUCGCGGUGGCUGAAGAAGCGGGGUGAGCUGGCCUUCAGCACCGAGGAGCUCAGCAUCUGGAGGGCGUUCAGCAACAGGAGCUACUACCUGUUUCUCUUUAACGACGUACUGAUCGUCACCAAGAAGAAGAGUGAGGAGAGCUUCGUGGUGAUGGACUACGCCACUCUGGAGAAUGUGGAGGUGGAGGUCGGGGAGGAGGCAGAAGGACGAACGACUUCACCUUCCAAGAACAGCUACUAUCUUUCCUUCAAGCUGAAGAUGAGCAGGAACAGUGAGGGCAGAGCGGAGCAGAUCUGCCUGGUGGCCGAGUCCAGGGUGGACCGGGCCCGCUGGAUCGUUGCUCUUACCGAACACAAGCAGGCAGGAGGCUCUACUUGUAGAGAUGGUCUUCCACAGUACGAGGCCAACAAAGCCUACAUGCCAAAAGAGCUAGAUGAGUUGGGUCUCAAACAGGCUGAGCUCGUCAUUGUGCUGCAGAAAGAGGAAGCCCUGUGCUAUGGGGAGAGAAUGCGAGAUGGAGAGAGAGGCUGGUUUCCUGCUACCUGUGCCACAGAGAUCACCAACCUCACGGCCAUCGAGCAAAACAUGCAACGCAUGAAGCGCCUGCGUAAAGAGACCAACGUUUGAGUGACUCAAUGUACCAAAACAAACACCUUCCAGUAAAUCGGUGACUGUUUGUCGACAGUGCAUUGCUUACAUACUGAACACGGGGGUCCAGAGGUCCGUCAGCAACACAAUGUGAACAUGAGGUUCCUGGGUUGCAUCCAGCCAGUGUCCAAACCAAUUUUAAAACAUUACCAUCAGGUUAUAUCUCCACCAAAAACUGUAAAAGGUGUUUUUGUCCACCUGUGUGGCACCAAUAAAGAAUGGACAUUUGCAAUAGCUGGACUUACAGGCAGACAACUUUAUUUGAACAGCAGUCAUGUUGCUGUAAAUGUACCUGGUGAGAAUGUAAAUUGAAACUUGCUGUAGUAAAAAAUGAACCUCAGGCCUAAGUUUUAAUACAAAAUCUAGGAGCUACAAAGUUUAAUUCUUUUGUAUAUAUGUACGAGAAGUUGCUUCAACUGUAUU